UAUGAGAAAUAUACAGACUCGGUGUUAAUUGACACAUUAGCUGUUAGAAAGGUAGGAUAAAUCUUGUUGGAUUUUCUUUCCAUUGUUUUCUCACUCAUCUAUCUUUAAACUGAACUGCUGACGUCACACGAGACAAGCUUAAUCAAUUUAAAACUCCUCUGUGGUGCUAAGAAAUGACUGGGUAGUAUUUUAACAAGUAGUCGUUUGAUGACAAGAUGAAGAACGCAAUCAUAUCAAGCAGCGGUGAAGUGGCGAGAAUGACCGUCAGGAGGAGCGAAUGUGCCGAUGCCGAGGACAUUGAACGCCUCAUCGGCCCUGAGGCCUUGGAGCUUUUUGGACCCAUUGAUGUCCUUCAAAUCUUGGAGAAGGCCAACCUGGCGGUGACCGUGGCUGGUGAGGAGGGCGACGUGAUGGCCCACGCGGCAUUCUUUGACCAUCCCGCCGCAGCGCUGGUUGACCCGCUUCACUGGGAAUCUUUUAUCCAAAAACACUUCAAAGCUGACGCCAUGACGACAUGGAAUACGCUGUUCCUUCAUCUGUUUGUGUCCAAGACGGUCUUCUCCACCGCAAGCUUUCAGCACAUCCUCAGGUGGAAUUCCACCAACGGCGUCUUGUGUAUUUGCGGUGAUGUCCAUGUUGUGUUUUGUGUCUCGCACAGUGCCGUGUUCAACACCACCGCCGAGCUGGACUUUGUGUGCUUGCUGAGCUCAACAUCCGUCUGCUUAGGUCAAUCUCAUUCAAGACGGCGCCGUGUCCGAGUGGGUAACACGACUUUUGCGUGCGUGCGUGCAGAAGCGGCGUUGAAAAAAAUGUUGGAGCCUCUGGAGCGUCUGACUGAAGAAGACGACCAAGCAGCCGAGCUGAUGGCAUACGUGUGUCACAGGCGAAGACUUUGUCCGAGACUUUAUGUUCGACCCGCCAGGGUUGAAGACCACGAUGACGUCAUGCACAUUGUGGCCCAGCAGACGAAGAUUCUGUCGUCUAUGCGGCGACCGUACUUCCUGUCGGAGCUCAUCGAGGCCCAGGAUGAGAACAACCACGCCGCCGUGUGCGAGAGCGACGUCACCAUCACCGGUUUCAUCAGCGUGACGGCAGAGGUGGACGUGAGGCGACUGCAGGAACAUUUUGACCUCAAGCAUUUUGCCGGUUUGUGCAAAGGCGAGCGGGACGACGACGAAGAUGACGAGGAUGAGGACGAAGAUGCCGGCGAUGAGGCUGACCAGGCGCAAGAUGAGCCUCAACUUGACCGAGCUGAGAUACCGACGCAAGAACCGCUCGAGGAACCCGAUUCGGAAGCAGAACAAGCAAGUCAGGAGGAGGAAGAGGUUCUCUCUGCAUCAUCUGAAGAAACCGCACCCAACGUCUUCUGUAUCCAGUUCUUCUUCUCAGAGAAGAACUUCGAGAUGAGAUCACUGGACUUGAUUCCAUACAUAUUCCAACUCUUCCCCGAUCUGGACUUCUGCAUCAUCACCGUCCCCACGCUGUCGCCGGACUUCCCGCUCCUGCAGAAUUUCCUGCGAGUUCCUCCGCAACCCGGCAGCCUGUUGCCCUCUGACCUCUACAUCCUGCACCGCGAUGGACUGAGGAGCGUCAAAGUGCGACCGGCGCUGGAGUCGGACCGGGACGGCCUCGCCGCCUUGGUGAGGCCCGUGAAGAAAGGCCAAAAGGCUUUGCUACGGGAUCUGGACCUCAUCUUCAACAAGGAAACGGACGCGGCCGAAUGUUCUUUGCAAGCCUUCGUGGUCGACGUGGAGGGCGCCGUGGUGGGGACGUUGAUCAUCCGAGACGAGAUGGACCUGGAGUACAUCCGGGCCCGCUACAACAUCGAGAACUUCAUCUACUACAGCCAUCACGACGUCCACGAGCACGCCGAGCUGCGCCACUUUGUGCUCCGACGCUGUUUCCAGCACUUCAGCCGACAUUUGUUCAAGGAGACGCUUCGGCUGACCCGCAAGUCCAACAUCUACCACCGCGUCUACCCGAUCGGCCUGGGCCAGGAGGACUCCUGCGUGGAUCAUCUGGACUUCAUCCUGGACUGCGCCGUUCCCGUGCGUCCCCGACGUCAGAUCAUCUACCCGCUCGACGAGCUCGGCGCCAACGCGCCUGCCAGGUGCAUCACUGACGAACAGGCUCCAUUUGCUCUAAACCUCAUCAGCCGCAAACUGACCAUGGAGCCCAAGGUCACGGUCAACGCCAGGAUCGUCCUGGUGGGAGCGUCGGACACGGGCCUGUCCUUCCUGGAGGUGCUUUGUUUUUGCCCUCAUCUGAGAUUCAACAACCUCACCCUCAUCUCCACGCACGGUUUCCCCGCUGAUUGCGGCCAGGCCGGCGACGAGUUCCUGUCCACCAGCCACGCCUACAGCACCCAAGACAUGGCGCAACUGCCGCUGCGUUCGUGCGUGACCGAGGUGGCUGAGAAGGUAGUGGCCAUCAACAGGAAAUCCAAACACGUGGUGGUGUCCAGCGGGGCUAAGAUUCCCUACGAUUACCUCAUCCUCUGUACCGGCGUGCAGUACCAGAUGCCAUGUCCAACGCAAGUGGAUCAGGACCGGUCCGCCGCAAAUGAGGAGCGGGAGGAAUCGUCCUUCCCUCCCAGGUACACCGGUACCGUGCCCUCCAAUCUGUUCACCCUCAACGACCAGCACGACUGCAACGCGGUUCAACGUUGGCUGCUGGAGAACUUUGUGAAGGGGAAAGCGAACGCCAUCGUCUAUGGGAACAGCCUCGACGUCUUCACCACCGUGGAGAUGCUGCUCCGGGUCGGAGUGCGCGGCUCCUGCGUCCACCUGGUGCUGACUCCAACCCAGCGCACCUCAGCCAAAGAUUCGCCGGCUGCAAGUGAUGUCGCAAGCGAUGUCCAUCCUCUUGAGAGUGAUGUCACCGAUGACCUGCCCAUUGAAAGUGACGCCACAAACGACCCGCCCCUUGAAAGUGACGUCACCAACGACCCGCCUCUUGAAAGUGAUGUCAGCAUAGAUUUCCCUCCCCGGAUCAAUGAUCCCAAUGAUUCGCCUCCUGAGAUCAAUGAUUUGCCUCGUGAGAGUGACAUUACGAACGAUUCAUUUCGGGAGAGUGAUGUCACCACUGACCCGCCUCCUGAGAGUGACAUCACCAAUGAUUCACCUCGUGAGCCUGACGUCCCCAACCAACCGUCUCCUGAGGGUAACGCCACCAAUGACCCGCCUCCUGAGAGUGACGUCACCAAUGAUUCACCUCUUAAAAUUGACUCGCCCACUGAUUCGCCCCCUGAAAUCGACGACGCUAAUGAAUCCCCUGCUGUAACUGACCCGCCCAGCGAUUCGCCCCCUGAAAUCGACUCGCCCAGCGAUUCGCCCCCUGAAAUUGACGAUGCUAAUGAAUCACCCCCUGUAAUGGACCCGGCCAGCGAUUCGCCACCUGAAAUCGACUCAACCAGCGAUUCGCCCCCUGAAAUCGACGACGCUAUUUCACCUCCUGAGAUUGAUCCGCCCGGCGAGGUUGAUGUCACAAACGAUUCACCUCCCGACGUCAUCAAUGAGUCCCCUCCCGAGAGUAACGUUGCCGCCGAUUCGGCUCCUGAGACUGAUGUCGUCGGUGGGCCGGCUCGGGAGAAUGGCACUUGUUCAGACCCGCCUCUCGAUGGCAGCGUCACCAACGAGCCGCCAUCAGAACCCGAUCUGGCCAGUGACCAACUCCCCAAUGAGCUUCCCUCGGAGCCAAACGGUUCCUACUUUUCCGACCCGGGGGUGGAGAACGCGGUGAUGGAGGCCAUGAAGAAGGCUCAGGUGCAGAUCCACCGCAACUGCCUCCUGAUGCAGAUGAACGAUGGCGACCAUCCUGAUCCUCUCACGUCCGUUUCCUUCAGCACCGACUCGGAACCUCUCCACCUGGCCUGCGGGGUGUUCAUCAACCUGUCCAACCGAGGUGUGGACUACGACGCCUUCAGCAGCAUCAACAGCUCUUUCCUGGUGUUCGACGGCCGGCUGGUCAUCGACUCCGCCUUCCGAACCAACGACGCCGCCAUCUGGGGCGCCGGCCCGCUCACCAAGUUCUCCCGUUCCUACUACAGCGACGAGUGGUCGCACGGCAACUUCAACUCCAAGGAGGUGGGUCAGGAGUUGGCGGCCGUGUUGCUGACGCACUUUGACCCCACGCUGGAAGCCCCCUGCCCGACACCCAGCCCCGCGGACCGCCUCGUUCCCAUUUACAAGCAGCCCAAGAUCCAAGGUGCCAAGCUACCAGGACGACUAAACUAUCUCCACGUCACCAAACCGGCCGCCACCGGCCCGCAUGGACCUUCCGCGGGACUCGCUCGACGCAUUGCGACGGGUCAUCCGGAGAGCGGCAACUACUUCUGCCUGCAUCUGGACCGCAACCAGGUGGUGAAGACCAUCAUCUGCUCGUCCUUCAAGCUGCUCCCCGUAAGCAACCUCAUGUGUCUCUACGGAAAGCACCAACAACUCCUCGGACAGCUUCUGGUCAGAUUGCACCUGGGGCAGAUAGACGACCUCUACAGCUUCUUUAGGCAGAGUUGGUGUUUAGCCAUCUUUCACGACCGUUUCAACUACUUUGAGGAGGAGCUUCUUCAAGACUACGCUAAGGUUGACGGCGAGGAUGCUUCCCCUCGAGACCUGAUGAAGGACCCCGGCAGCAAAGCGGCGCUGAGGAUGAACGUGGCCAAAUAUUUGGCGUUCAAUCGCAACCUGUUGCCCAUGUUCCCCUGCCCUGAUGACUUGUGACAUCAUCGCAGGUGACUCACUUUCAGUUAGCAUCACAAAUGUGUUUAGCUUCUUUGUUAUUUUUUUUAUGAUGAAAAUCAUUUAGCCAUCUUGAA